AUGAAGAAGAAAAAAUCAAAACAUUUGAACGAAUUGAUCCCGAUUUGUUUAUUCAAAAAAAAGAAUAUCAACGCAACCCAUCAGAUUUUAUUUAUUUUUCCAAAGCAAACGUCAACAGUGAAGAAUCAUUCAGAAAAGGUCGGUGGCAUAACAACGGGAAAGGUGAAAGAACUUCUUCUGAUGCCUCCUACUAAAUGUUAA